AUGUCAACACCGAGCAAGCGCCGCAACUUUUCUGAAGAAGACGACAUCAUGCUUCUCCGACAAGUUUCUCUGGAGAUGCCGUUCCAAGCGCGGCGUGGCCUUGUCAUGGAGCGAUGGAAUUCGGUUGCUGCUUCCUUACGUACAGCAGAGGACUUCAGCCGAUCCGACAUCGACGCCAAGAGGUCGUGUAACCGCUUCAUGCUGCUCUUGGAUGCCCAUCGCAAGAGUGACAAGCAGUCCGAGCGAGCGUCAGGAAUUGACGAGGAGGUCACUGAGAAGUCAAUGCUUCUCGACGACCUACUUGCUGCUUACGACGACGCCAAGAACGCCGAUUUGCGUCGCACGGAAGAAAGCCGACUAGCAGCGGAGCACGUCGAUGCAAUGGGCAGCUUGGUGCGUGAAGAAGCACUGCACUCCCUUGGAAAGCGAAAGCGUGACAAAGAAGAUGACGAUGGCACUUCUGGAGGAGGUAAAUUUAUGAAAAUGUUUACUCUGAUGCACGAACAAGCAAAGGCCGACCUUGAGUUCAAAAAAGAAAAAUUGGAAAAGGAGAGAGAGGAGAGGCGACAGGAGCUCGAAGAAAGACGCAUUGAACGACAAGUGUUGAUGGAGCAAAAUCGACAACAACAAGAGUCCAUGAUAAUGUUGAUUAAAAUGUUAAUGGACAAGUAA